CGACAAAUUCCCCACGAAGUUUUCACCGAUUUGUGCCGCAACUGGGGGCUUGUUUCGCGUUUCAAACACCGCAACACUUCUAUUAUUUAUUACUAAAUAACUGUGCACAGUUUUAUGUUGAUUAUCACGGGAAUUAAUUGAUUUUAUAAUUAGCAGUGGUGUCAUCUAUUCUGUCAAUUUGACAGCUGUCAAACAAAAUGUUUAUAAAUAAACAAUUUGGUUAAUUUUAUUAGUUAGGUUUAAAAAUGAACAGUGUUUUUCAGAUAACGGACUGUUGUCGCACUUGUUUACGCGUGGAAAGUGCUUUAACACCGUUAGAUUCAGUCGAUUCGGACAAUAUAAAAUUAUGUGAUAAACUUGUUGCUUGUAUUUCGGAUAUUGCAUGGACAAAAAAUGGAUACUCGAAUUUGUUGUGUUCAAAUUGCAUUGAAAAACUAAGGAUAGCCUACGAGUUUCGAUUGUUGUGCAUCCAGUCUGAAAACACCUGUCAGCAGUAUUUUUCCCAAGAAAAAGUCACGUCCUACACGAAUUUGGACGAUUUCCAGCUAUCUCACACGAUCCAGAUCCAGAAUACUGUCAUCGAGACUGUUAAAAAUACCGAAUUUCUCAACCUCAAGCACUUUCUUGAUGAUGAUAGUCUAUCCAAGUCCGGGAAACCCCCGGAAAACUCGCGCAGUGCGUCGCCCGACUCAGUCGCCACGACUGGCUUCGCCAAGUAUGAAAAACUCGCGAAAAAGACAGUCGUACCAACCCGAUCUGUGAAAACCCAAACUCAGCCUUUACCCCAAUACCCGAGCCUCACCCCCGCCGCGGCCCGGCUCGAGGCGCAACAGAGCAAAACCACCAUCAUUAUCGAGGACCCCUACAAGUUCACCUGCGAGCUAUGUGGGAAAAAAUACGCAAAAAACGCAAAUCUCAAGAUCCACAUGCGCACCCACACCGGGGAAAAACCCUUCGAGUGCAAAUACUGCGACAAGAAGUUCUACCACUCGUCGCACUUGCGGGAGCACAUCCGCCGCCACACGGGGGAAAAACCGUUUCAGUGCAACGUUUGUCAAAAACGCUUCACCAUCACCGCAGAACUGACAGUCCACAUGCGGAUCCACACCGGGGAAAAACCGUACGCGUGCAACUGUUGCGAGAAACGCUACAUCAAAGCCAGCGAUUUGCAGGUGCAUAUGCGGUCGCACACCGGGGAAAAACCCUUCGCGUGCAAUUAUUGCGAUAAGAAGUUCACCUCGGGGUACAUACUGAAUUCGCACUUGAAGACACACACGGGGGACAGGCCGUGGCAGUGCACCGUCUGCGCCAAGUCCUUCACCCAAUCGUCGCAUUUGACAGUCCACAUGAAGAAACACACGGGGGAGAAGUUCGUCUGUAAAGUCUGCAACGAGGAGUUCACCCAUUCGUCCCAAUUGACGGUCCACAUGAGACAGCACACAGGCCGCCAACCUUACAAAUGCACAAUGUGCGACAAGAUAUGCAACUACGCCUCCGAGUUGCAAACCCACAUCAUGAAACACACCGGAGAGAAGUUCACGUGCAUCACGUGUGAUAAAAAAUUCACAACGGCGGCGUAUUUGCAAGAACACACCAGGACUCACACUGGGGAAAAUCUCUUCAAUUGCACGCUGUGUGAACGCGUCUUUACGCGAGCCACCUAUCUGGACAAGCAUCUGAGGACGCAUACCGGCGAGAGGCCUUUCGAGUGCGAAAUCUGCGGAAAAAAAUUCACACAGAGCAGCAGUCUCAACGUACAUAUCAGGAAACACACCGGGGAAAAACCCUACACUUGCAACAUCUGCAACCGGAGUUUCGCAACCUCAUCUUACCUAUCCGUUCAUUUGCGGAAGCAUAAAAAGUACAUAAACAUGUAGCUUUAUUUAUUUUGUUGCUUUUAAUUUUGUAAUGAAUAAACCCUUUGGUUUUU